AUGGAGAAAUGUGGAACUUCCAUGUAUUGCAACCGAUGUGUACCUUGGUCUGCUCUUUACCAUGUAAUAGAAGCAGUGUUGGCUGUUUAUUUACUGAUAAGACCAUUUCGCAAACAAAGGUUUCGCAUAGAGCUUGCUAUUGAUGAUGGCAGAGAUAGGAUGAUAUCCCAUGCUGUCUUGAAGAGCUGA